CCCGGACGGGCCCGUGAGUUACGCACGCGCUUCGCGUCGUUUCCGUUUCCGGCCGAGGCUGCGGGAAGAUGGCGGCCGCCAUGGCAGCAUCCCCCUUGACGGUCACCUUAGGGCGGCUGGUGUCCGCGUGCAGCCGCAGCAUCCUGAGACCUUCGGGGCCCGGAGCAGCCUCCCUUUGGUCUGCUUCUCGAAGGUUCAAUUCACAGAGCACUUCAUUUCCACCAGGAUAUGUUCCUAGAACAUCCCUGAGUUCACCACCUUGGCCGGAAGUUGUUCUGCCAGACCCCGUUGAGGAGACCAAACACCAUGCAGAGGUCGUGAGGAGGGUGAAUGAGCUGAUUGCCACGGGGCAGUAUGGCCGGCUCUUCGCCGUGGUGCACUUCGCCAGCCGCCAAUGGAAGGUGACCUCUGAAGACCUGAUCUUAAUUGGAAAUGAACUAGACCUUGCGUGUGGAGAGAGAAUUCGACUGGAGAAGGUCCUGCUGGUUGGGGCAGACAACUUCACGCUGCUUGGCAAGCCACUCCUCGGAAAGGAUCUUGUUCGAGUAGAAGCCACAGUCAUUGAAAAGACAGAAUCAUGGCCAAGAAUCAUUAUGAGAUUUAGGAAAAGGAGAAACUUCAAGAAGAAAAGAAUCGUGGUGACCCCGCAGACUGUCCUCCGGAUCAACAGCAUUGAGAUCGCUCCGUGUUUGUCAUGAUUACCCAGUUAAUACUUACAAAAGGGUAAAAAUAAACUCCUGCUUUCCAAGGAGA